GAUAAGUGAUAAUAGAGAUAUUUUGGGAUGAGAAUGAAAAUAUCUACUGCACUGUGAUGACCCGUUGGGUUGAGAUGAUUCUAAAUGAAACCCCCACCGGUUGACGUGGCGGUGCUUUGGACCCACUACGGUACUACACAUGUAAAAGUGCUCAUAUCUCCGAUCUUCACCGCUUUCUCUAUCUCCUUCAAUUCCUCCUUCACUUUUCUUAUUCUUAAUAAUUCAUCUUUCUCUGUUUCAUCACGCCCACUCCCCCAAAUUCCGCAAAUGAAGAAGAACAAUUUCAAGAUAAAAGAAAAACCUGCCAUGUGUUCACCCACCACUGAUCUCCUUUUGCCACCACAACAGAUACAGGGAUCAGUGUCUACAGCAGAGUGGACAGACGAGAAACACAGCAUGUUUCUUAACUCUAUGGAAGCAUCAUUUGUCCACCAAUUAUAUGACUUCAAGCAAACAGUCGCCUCAAUCACUAGACUCAAUGAGUCCCAUGAUUUAAAAACAAAUCCGUGGAUUCAGCACUACGGAUCUUCACACAAACUAGGUGCUCCACAUGCUCCAAUUGUUCAUGCAGAGAUGUCGGAUCAGAACUUUGCCGAUGAAGAAGCUGAGGAGCAACAAAAGGAAAACAACAAAAGAGAUGUAAAAAGACUUAAAAGGACUUUGAUAAAUGAUGAUGCUGCUGCAGCAAUGAGAUACUGUAAAACAUAGUUUUAGUCGCUAUGGAUAUUGGAGAUGAGUGGGUUGAUAUCCAUUCCAAAUGUUGCUUCAGAUAUCCUUAACAAGUGUUGUAGAAUGUAGAGAUUAGAAUCGAGAGAAGCUAAGCUAAGCUUUUAAUGUGCAUGCUAGUAUUAGAAUCAUGAGAAAUUUAACUAUGAAUAUAUAUGCACACGCACUUAUGGUU